AGUGGGGCAGGGAGGAGUCUCUGCCAGCUGCAUCUGCUCCACUGGUCCUGGGACCUUGGGCCAGAGCUAGGAAAAGACAGGGAAGGAAGGGAGCAAUGCGGGUGGCGCCGGGAUGGCUCACUGGUCUCUUUCUCAGGGGUCGCCGGACGCUGAGUCUCGUGCCUUGGGCCCCGCGGGGCUUGCCCCCUCCGGUCGGAACCCGGGGUAAGAAUGGAGUGGCGGAAGAAGAGGACGAAUUAGAUAGACCCAUCCAUUUCUCCUCCAGCAAGGCGAAUCCCCGCCGCUGGACCGUGGAGCACUCCCUGGGCAGCGAUCGUCGUCGACCCUGGUGGAAGGUCGUACCCUUGAGCUUCUCCAUUAUAGUGCUGAUCUCUUGGUGCUUCUUACGGAAGGAGACGGAACUCGAUCUGUGGCUGACUGAGAGCUUGGAAGGAGAGUCGCCAGAAGCAGAUGUGGAGUCUAAGCAGCCUGGAAGCCCGGCUGGCCUGGGGAUUAGGACUUAAUUAAAAGCGUUCCAGGGACUACCUCUGGCACUGAAUUCCUGUUUGACUUUUGGCAAGCCACUUCUCCAUUUAGGCCUCGAUUUUCUCUUUUGUAAAAUGAAGGGGUUGGAGUAAGGGGAUUAUCAAAUCCCCAUCAACUCUUUCAGCCACUCGAGGAAGCAAAUACUGGCCUAAGAUUUUUAACAUAUUUGUUUUUCAUUUCGGGUUAUCAGCUGUGUUGAUUUAUCUUAAUCCUGGAAUUUCAGCCUAGUGAGACAUGCUCAAUGCUGCCAGAAACAGAGGUGUAUUAGAAUGCAGAAUCAAUGACAGCACUAGACCAUCAACCAAAGAAGGAAAUUGCAGUUUGGUUCACCUUAGUUUUCCAAUUAACCUUUUGAAAGGGCUUUUCAAAGGCCCUUUUAGAAAUGUUGGUAUUCUAGUAAUUAAACUGUGGUUUGGAAGGCUUAGGGGGGUACAAAGUACAGUGCAGAGUUGCAUUCAUUUGCAUGAACAAAACAAUGAAAAUAAAUGUUACUUCUGUAGCAUUGAAAUAAAGUAAUUUGCCUUUGGGUGAUAUCUUUAUGUGCACCCUCUUAAGAAAAGAGUUUAAGUUCAUUUAAGCUAUACUGAUGAGUUUCUUGUAUCUUGGGAAGAAAUUCAGUUUUUAAUUGUGAAAUUCAUUAAAUGUACUGU